UCUAUCUAAACAAAGUUUGUUUCUCGUGUGAUGCCAUUGUGCUAUAAAUAAAACAAAUGUUUAUCAGAAACAAGAAAUGUAAACUGUCUCACAAAAUGAUGAUUCGCCUGAAUAAUUUUUUGUACGUUUUUAAUUUACGCCAAGGAACAAUCCUUAUAGCCGUCCAUCAAAUCGCGCUGUCAUCUUUCGUACUGAUAAUAUUGCUAGUCGGUAUAUCUCAUGUCGGUGAAAUGAUGUCGAUGCUCCACAACGAUAUGCUAGACGACGCGGAAAGGAGGGGAUUUUACGAAAUAGCUUACGGAGAACACUUGACUUUCCAUGAAGGCGGUGUCGUGAGCACUAACAAUCAACUCAGAUUCGCAAAAGCACAACAUUUGGCUUCAGUGACCGUCAUUUUCCUCUACACAAGCACCAUUCUGACGUCCAUAUAUCUCAUGUGUUGUGUCUCGCUGCUGCACGGAGCUGUCAAGUACAAGAGGGAGUACGUGCUGCCGUGGAUCAUGGCCGCCUGUGUGGCCGUGGUCCUGCUCAUCGUGGCCAUAGUCAUUGGCGACGGAUAUCCCUGUGUGGUCAAUCUCUUCGGCGGACAUAAUCUGUACCAUUUCGGUUGCGCGCUAUUCGUGCUAACAUUCAUCUACGCCAUCUGCGCCGUGAGUAGCUUCGCACUAGAGACGGGCGGCGGACGGUGCGCGCGCGCCUCGCUGCCCGACGAGCGCGGCGAGCGCUUACUGCUGCUCGACCACGCCGCGCACUCCAGCCUGCUGUCAGCCGCGCAGCUCAGCAAGCUGUCGCACGCUACCAGGACGCAGUUCGUGUAAACCCCUGAAGUAGCUGGAGAGCUGUAGGCCUAGGAUGCACGCCACAAUACCUCGUGACGAGAGAAACAUACUCGAAUAAAGUGCAGAGGGCCUAGUGGCAGUUUUAAAUGUUUACAUCUGUGACUAUCACGUAAACGUAAACGCAAAUUUCUAAGGAAUUGAAAAGUUGUGCAGUAGUGCCACUAGAUGGCGCUGUUUCCUUGGAAAUUCACGUUUACGUUACUGUGAAAUCAUUGAAAACUCCCACUAGGCACACAGAAGUGUCGCCUUCACUUACGUUACGAUGGGACGAAAGAUCGAACGUGUUGAUGUGAUUUCGACGCUAUUGGUCUACAUUGUCUUUUUCUCGUCACGAUUAUAUCGUUGACGCAUCCUAGGUGUACUGGUGAUUAGUUUUAAUUUAGGUAUUUAUAUAAUAAAAUGUAUAAGUACCUAUUCAAAAUUACUCUAUAGCUCUCGACCUGGUCACAGCAAUGCGCCUACACUGAUUGGGUACCUGGGUAACUAUAGAAAUGCGAGUGCAGGGUAUGUAAUAUACAUAGCUGGGCAUUAACUCGUUAAUCCGUUAAUCGUUAAUUAACGAAGUUAACAUUUUGAUUGACGGAUUAACUUUUAAGUUAACAUUUAAAAAUGUUAACGGACCCGUUAACUUCCGUUAAUAUGCAUAAGUCCGUUAAUCGUUAAUCCAAUGCCUACUAUUUACGGCGCGACGCGAAAAACAGGUUCAGACAAGAAAGAAAUGAUGAAUGAUUUUUUUUCAAAGAAAUCAACUAAUUACUAUAUUUAGUUAAAUAUAUAUAGAUAAAAUCAACAAAAAACAAAUUAUGGCACUUUUCCCCGGUGCUCAUCUUUAUUUAUCCAAUGGUGAUCUCAUACAAUGAUAUAAAAAUGUAUUAUUACACAGUCCUGUUAACGGAUUAACGAUUAACGUUAACUUGCGUUAAUUCUUCCGGAAUGUAACGGUUUAACGUUUAACGAAGCUAACUUGUUUUGUAGCGGAUUAACGAUUAACGAAGUUAACUAUUUGAUUAACGGUGCCCAACUAUGGUAAUAUAGAAACUGCAACGUGCACUCUAAACAACAGUACCCUAUAGCUACAGCAAUUUUUGCAUUGAUUUACACACAAAAACACGAAUACGUAUGUAGUAGGUAUCUACCUAUAUUACAGCCCUACAUUAUGUACACUGUUUACCAACAAACAAAUUAGAAAUGAAGGUAGAAAAUGCAUGUCAUUUCAUAACUUACUUAUUUUAAAUGAGGUGUUGUUUGUUUUUAUAAUGUUAUUGAAAAUAUAUUAACUAUAUUUUUAACUGUUCUAAACUUAAGUAUAACCUAAUCGAAUUGUUUUUAUUAAUUUAAGAACAAGUUAAUUAUAAUUACCUAUUAUUAGGUGUGAAAUGACUAUAGAUUUAUACCUACCCUCAUUUUCAAUUUGUUUGUUGGCAAACAUAAAUAGUACACAUCGAGUAGGGCUGUAGUAACUAAAGUCUUACGUACGCUAGAGACUAAUAAAACACGCAAGGUAAAACGCAGGUGCAGGCGCAUUGCUUUGGCAACUCGCUUCUAUGGAGAUCGCACAUUACUACCGAACUGCAUGCGUCGAACGCAACAAAGGUCAAGCUAAUAUUUUUGUCAAACAAAAAGUUACUACAAUAAGUAGGUCUCAGCCAUCUUGCGUAAUGUGUGAUCAGCUUUUAUUGUCAAUUUAAGCUGCACAUUACUAACAGUGGGAAAGUGGACAAAUAUCAUAACCUACACUGACUAGGGCCUAGGACGGACAUAGAGCAGCUUAAUUUUUUUAGAGCAGCUUAAGGCGGAUUAAGCUAGCGCGACACUUUUAGGUUAAAAAAAAACAAAUUCUAAUUUGUUUUUUCACCAUUAUGUGACCUUCAUAAUUAAAAAUUUGAAGGUUCAAGAUUUUCUUGAAGUCUACAAAUAGGAAGCUAUAUUCAAGCAAUAUUCUGUAUUUUUUUUAAUUUAAUUUUAGGUUUAUUACUUUUGGAGAUUCAAGCUUGAACAGUACGAGUAUAUAUCCUUGAAUAACUCAAAAGAUUUCUUUUUAAAAUGAUCCUCUUAAAGAAGCUCUUUCAUUUGAUGAAUCACACUAUGCAGUUUGCAAAAAAAAAAAUUUGUCCAUUAAAAUUGACGUUCAUAUUUAUUUUCUUGAGCGCGGGGCCCCUUUCUGAACGCGGAGCCUGUAGCAAAUGCCACCUGGGUCAUUCCACGUCAAAUCGACCAAUAGUUGGACUCGACCCCUUUCGAUUUGGAUAAAUUUUGGUCAGAAGUUUUCUUUUAUCCUAUAACGAAGUUCUGCCGAAGAAAAAAAAUUGAAAAAUUUUUUUUUCAAAAGUUAUGCAAAAUCCAAAAUUUCACUAUUUUCCAUAUUUUUUAAAUUUAUGUUUUAAAAAUCUCGAAAACUAUUGCAAUUAAAAAAAUCGCUUAUGGUAAACUUCAAAGGGGAUACUUGGGGCUAUUAAAAAAAAAAAUUCCAAAAAAAAAUUUUGAAAAAUCUCCAAUUUGUGAACUUUUGAAUUUUUGAAAAUUGUCAAAAUUGACCGUCGACAAUAAAUUUUUGGCUCAAAUUUUUUUGUGUACUACCUUGUACCAAUCUUAAAAGAUCCUGAAAUUUUUGGAACUGUGUUUUUUGUUUUUCAAAAAUAUGAAUUUUUGAAAUUUGUUAAAAAAAAUUUUUUCUUAAAUUUUUUUUUUUAAUCAGUUUGGCGAAUCGCGUAAUUUUGAUAUUUUGAACAGUUGAAAUUUCAUUUAGUGGCAUAAUGAUGAGAAAAAAAACAUUAAUGACAUUUUUUGGGAUCAUUUUCAAAAUAAAACUCGUAAAAAAAAUGAUACUGACACCUGUAUUAUCAUUUGAUGUUAAAGUAGAAGAAGUGGUGACAUCUGUGGCGUGACGUUUGAAUCUUUACGUGUAAGAUAAAGUUAACCUUUCUGAUUUUUAUUUCGAAGACAGUCAUCAUUCUAAGUAAGUGUCUAGAAAUAACUCUUUCUUCAAAUUCUAAACUUAUGACAAUUAUCUUAUCAAGUGUUUAAUUUGAGGACAUUAUCAAGUUAAAAUUUUGAGUGCAGAAAAAAUAACGAUAUCAUGAGAUGACAUCGAAACUGAAAUCAUGCUUUGAACAUCUUAUCUCUUCACCAGGCUUUAAAUUAAUAUUGGAGUUCCUACUUGGUCAGGUGUUUCGGAUGGUUUUGAUGAUUUGAAAACGGAACGGAACGGAAAAGAGACACUCUCAACUAGUUGACUUUCUUCGACACAGUUUUUUCAAAUAUUUCAACUUCAUUUUGAUGUUCUGGUAAUUCACUAUAGACUCUUUUAGUACACGAAAUGCAUAGUUUACUUCCCGGUAUAAUGGAAGGUAAUCUAAUCUUACACUGUUCGAACAAUUUUAAACUGACUGGUCUCAAAGAUUUACGAACUAUACUGUCAUGAAGUUUAAAGGGAUCAGCACAAGAUUUUUGAUUUGAAGUAUAUUUGAUACGAUACUGUUUGUCAUGUUGAGAGCAAAUAAAACUAACGUCUGUACCACUUCUAGAAUUCAGAGUAAUCUGAUCUUCGUCUGAAAAAUCUUUGCAAUUAAUAAAUUUUUCUUCAGAGCAUAUUUCAUUCUUAAAUAAUCCAAUCGAACACUUUUUAUUUUCCAUCACUAAUCUCUUAUUUUUUCUGCACUCAAAAUUUUAACUUGAUAAUGUCCUCAAAUUAAACACUUGAUAAGAUAAUUGUCAUAAGUUUAGAAUUUGAAGAAAGAGUUAUUUCUAGACACUUACUUAGAAUGAUGACUGUCUUCGAAAUAAAAAUCAGAAAGGUUAACUUUAUCUUACACGUAAAGAUUCAAACGUCACGCCACAGAUGUCACCACUUCUUCUACUUUAACAUCAAAUGAUAAUACAGGUGUCAGUAUAAUUUUUUUUACGAGUUUUAUUUUGAAAAUGAUCCCAAAAAAUGUCAUUAAUGUUUUUUUUCUCAUCAUUAUGCCACUAAAUGAAAUUUCAACUGAUCAAAAUAUCAAAAUUACGCGAUUCGCCAAACUGAUUAAAAAAAAAAUUUAAGAAAAAAUUUUUUUUAACAAAUUUCAAAAAUUCAUAUUUUUGAAAAAACAAAAAACACAGUUCCAAAAAUUUCAGGAUCUUUUAAGAUUGGUACAAGGUAGUACACAAAAAAAUUUGAGCCAAAAAUUUAUUGUCGACGGUCAAUUUUAACAAUUUUCAAAAAUUCAAAAUUUCACAAAUUGGAGAUUUUUGAAAAUUUUUUUUUGAAAAUUUUUUUUUUUAAUAGCCCCAAAUAUCCCCUUUGAAGUUUACCAUAAGCGAUUUUUUUAAUUGCAAUAGUUUUCGAGUUUUUUAAAACAUAAAUUUAAAAAAUAUGGAAAAUAGUGAAAUUUUGGAUUUUGCAUAACUUUUGAAAAAAAUUUUUUAAAUUUUUUUUCUUCGGCAGAACUUCGUUAUAGGAUAAAAGAAAACUUCUGACCAAAAUUUAUCCAAAUCGAAAGGGGUCGAGUCCAACUAUUGGUCGAUUUGACGUGGAAUGACCCACCUACCGUACCGCCCUAUUGCUAAUCCGACGCUGACAUAGAGAUAAUUGUGGUAUCUUUCCUCCUAGCCUCAUUGAAGCCAAAAAGGCUCAAUUUGUCAGAUGCCACCCAAUAAAAAAUAUUUAGAAACUUUUCCAAUGUCAGUCAUGUACAGUCAAAAAUGUAUAGAUGCUAAAUUAGAACGAUUUGCUAUAAAUUAUUUAAAUUUUUGGUUGUGUAAACUGCACAAAACUAAAACUCGACGACGUAAAGACGUAGUGUCACAUAUUUUAGAUACGUACUACACUGGCUAGUAUUUUAUGUACUUAACGUUAUAUUUUGUCUUGGUGUCUGAAAAAGGGUAUUUUUAAAAACGUAUUCAUAUUUAAAAUAAGCAACAUUCUUUUCGACUGUUAUUUUACUAUCUAAAGUGGCGUAACAAAAAACAAUCGAGCCUUGACAUUUUUUCACAAGAAUAUAAUUAUUGUUUUCUCAUUUGUGGUCUACACUUACUUUUAAUAAAUUAAUAAUGUCCUACCUACUCUCUUAGGAAAAAAGUUGCUUUAAGACAUGGUGGAAUAAAAUCCUACCAUCCCUAUGGGGUAGAAUAAAUUUAGCCGGGACUUUCACUGAUCGAAUUGAUGAAAAGAAAAUCAUGUAAGUAUAUUUGUGCCUAGUGGGAGUUUUCAAUGUUUCAUACUUUUAGAUUUGAAACAGUUGUGCCGUAGUGCCAGAUGGCGCUGUUUCAAUUCCUUAGAAAUUCGCGUUUACGUUAACGGAAACUGCCACUAGGCCCUCUGCAUUUAAUAGUCAGUAGUUACGCCACUGCCUCACCAUUACACCAUCUGAUAAAUACGUCCAUAACUCUAAAAAAUAGCGCUAUGUUGGAUGCUUAGAUGCAGCUGAAUACAAUAAUUCUUGUGAUAUUUUGACGAUUGAAAAAUUUUAAGCUGUCUAUACAGUGGUGUAACAUGUGACAGAAAAUAACGUAAAAUCAUUUCCUUUGGUAGUAUUAUUUUACAAAUGAGUAACAUUUAUUUUAUUGUUAAUCAUGUUGAUCCUAAGCAAUAGGUAGAUAUAGCGUACGGGGUAAUGCCCCGCCCCUAUGUAACCGGUGAUACCUAAAAUCUUGUAUUGUGCAGCUCAACGCACGAUGUUCUGAAACGUCAUAAAGAUUGUUACAAGAACUAGCUCAUGACUAAGGGCCCCGUAUAGGAUCGAAACUAUUCAGGCGCUUUUAGCAAAACACGCUUUUAGCACGCACUAAAAAUUACUAAUGGAUUUAGGUCACGUGAUAAUUUUCGUAUACCAAUCAGCAAACCGUCUCAUUUAAUACCCAUAUCAUGGGGGUGCAUCUCAAAUAGCCAAUCCGCCAUCUUGGUAGUCCGCCAUGUUGGAUUUAAGUCACGUGACUAUUUUUGUCGUAAUCCUGACAGCAAACCCUUCCGUAUCAUGGGGGUGGAUUUCAAACAUCCAGUCCGCCAUAUUGGAUUUGUAAUGACGUCUCUUAGCUAGUCAUAUAUUGUCAUCAGAACUCCGAGCGUGUGCAAAAUUUCAUCCUAAUCGAAGACCGGGAAGUGGGUCAAAUUAAGAUUCCACGAUUUUCUUACAUACAUAGUUACAAGUGAAGCUAAUAUUAUAAGUCCUUAUGGUAGGCAUUUUUGAUUGUCAUGAAAAUAUCGAAUGACAGGGUUUCACAAUAAACCUACUGCCUACAUGUAAAAAUUUCUUUUACAUUUUACACCACUGACUUAUGUAAUUAUUAUUAUAUUAAUAAACAAUUUCUUUUUCUAUAUUAUUGUGAAUAUUUUACUGUACAAAUAAUUGGACUGUUCAAAUUUUAAUGCCUCCAAUGCUGAGUACUACUUAAUUUUUAAUAAGAAAAUAAACAAUUAAUUUUA